AGUGAAAUUAUGAAAUUGUUGCAUGGAAGUCUGAUUGGUGUAUAAGUGUUACUCCAAGCACUUUGUAUAACUGUGAGUCAGGCUGAGCAAACCCAUCAGGUUUAUAAGAAUGGGCUACUCUGAGUAUUUCAAUAUCCUAAUCUCAUGUUCACGAACGCUAUUCCUUGCCUCUGGUUUAUUGAUGAAAAAAAAUUCUGAUCUGAGCAACAUAACAAAGAUAAUAAUCAGUGACAAUGGGGGACUGGUCAUAUCUUUCCAAGUUACUGGACAAGGUGCAGUCCCACUCAACGGCCAUCGGAAAGACAUGGAUGAGUGUCCUGUUUAUCUUCAGGAUCCUGGUUCUGGGUGCAGCAGCAGAUAGUGUGUGGGGAGACGAACAGUCUGAUUUCUACUGUAACAACAAAGAACCUGGGUGUGAGAACGUGUGCUAUGACUGGGCCUUCCCCAUCUCACACAUCCGUUUCUGGGUCAUGCAGAUCAUCUUUGUCUCCACCCCAACUCUUCUAUAUCUGGGCCAUGCCAUGCAUGUCAUCCAACAGGAGGAUAAAAUGAGGGAGGCACUGCAGAGCCACGUUGACAAUGGCAUGUUGAAGAGGCCCAAAUACACAGAUGCCCGGGGGAAAAUCAAAAUCAAGGGAAUUCUGCUACGUAGCUACAUGACCCAGUUGUUCUUUAAGAUAGUGUUGGAGCUCGCUUUUAUUGUGGGACAGUACUACUUAUAUGGGUUUGUCAUGAAACCCAUGUUCCUCUGUCAACAACAGCCCUGUUCCAGACUGGGUGCUGAGUGCUUCAUGUCCCGUCCCACAGAGAAGACCAUCUUUAUCAUCUUCAUGCUGGUGGUGGGCUGUGUUUCUCUGCUUUUGAAUGUGAUCGAGGUGUUUUAUUUGAUUUGCACCAGAGUAAAAUGUGGAAACAAGAAACAAUACCCACUGCAUAUCAUCUCAACUGAGAACCCAACCACACUUUACUGUCCUGCAUCAGAAUGGAAAGGUAACCUGGAUGGACAUGAAGAUUGCUCACCCCUUCACAACAUCCAAAGAGAAGCUGAACUAAUGGAGGAAAAGAAAAACACUCCUUAGGUUUGCAAUAGAUUUCAUGUGAUGAUAUUCUGACAUGUGAAUUGAUGUAAUCAUAUCCAAUUAGUUGGCUACACUUCAAGUAAAUUAGGGAAACAAAACAUUCCAGAGUGUAUUGAGUUUUGUUUGUCAAAUAGACUACCUUGUUACUGAAUGUUGUAAAUAUUACAGUUUGUUUCUAUGCUGACACUGUGAUGACUAAUAUUUUGUAGGAUAUGCAUAUCUUUGUUCAAAAUAAAAGUACUGGAAAAAGAAACGUGAAAAAUAACUCACGGCCGCACAUUCCCAGGGCUUACACUAGAUGGCAGCAUAAACUUGGUGAUUGAAAUCACAUUUUACCAGCACCAGUGGUCCGACUUUGUUCUGCAGAAUAGGCUGUAGUCUUAUCUAAAUGUCUAGCUCUAUGCUUAUAAACACAUGCAACACAAGUUACCUUUCAUGUCAAAGC